ACAGAAGAGCGCUCAAGACGAUGAUCAGUUGAAUCUAGAACACAUUCAUACGAUUGAACACCGACUGAACGUGUUUAUUUUCUUGAAAGAGUUGUCUGUUUAAAACUAGCAACAAUGUCUGCCCAGGCUCAAAUGAGAGCUCUGCUGGACCAACUGAUGGGAACAGCGAGGGAUGGUGAGUAGCCGUUAACAGGCUAGCUGAGCUAUGUGGCUAGCCAAGAUGGAGCCGCUGCUAUAGCUGGCUGUUGUGAUGUACGGGCCUGCGUGAAUGGGUGAACGACACAGGCUGCAAUUGGAACUGUAGAAGAAAGUGACUUAUGAAGAUCGAACUUGUAUUUGGAUGUUUGUGUCCACAAUGGCCUAUUUUGAUUUCAGCGGGCGAUCGUUUUCAAAUUUCUAUGUUAACAUUUCGCUCACCGAAGCGCCACACUGGCCAUCGCACCAGUCGAGCAAUUGUAUUUAGGUUCGCGGCAUAUCUCAAGCAAUGAUGUGUCUUUACUUACAACGUACGUUUACACAAGCUCCGCCAAAAUGUUCUGCACAUAUCAACCACGUGCACGUGUAACUAACGGUACUCCCGUUUUGAGAAUACCGAACGGUGGCUGUAGCGCGGUUUUAUGCUUACUUACAAAUCCACGUUUCUGACACUGGUGUGCAUAUAUUCCAAGUCAAUUGAAAAGCGAAAAGAGACCGACAUGUCGGAUUCAUUUUAACUUUACGGGGCCCUGCCCCGCUCAUUUCGUUUGGUAGUAAAAUAAUAGUGAAAUGUUCUUGUACCCUAGUAGAGGAGUUCUGUAAUUUUUUUUAUUUAAAAAAUGCUCUAUGAAUGCCAAAUUUAAAUGAAAGUUUUCAUUUCUCAGUUGUUUCUCAGCCUAUUCAUUGUGCUGAACACUGAACUGAGUUGAAUUCAUGUUCUCAUCAACAAUAUAUUUACUUAAGUCUAGCAAACAACAUCUACCUCUUGGAUCGUGCAAUCUAUUUUGUUCCUGUUGUUGGAUAAGAAAGCUUUAGAAUGUACCUGGGGUCACUGAUGUGCAUAAAGUGAUUAUUGUUUUUUUCUUUUUUUUAAAAAAUCCUUAGUCUUAGCCGUCCUUGGUGAGCAAAAUUUUGAUUUGUUGCUUGUAUAGACUUCACUGUAGAUGAACUGAUGCACUCCUUGAGGAUUAAAACACAUCUAAAACUUCAGUGACUGAAUGAGAGUUUUAGUUGUGUCUAUUAUUAUUGUUGAUAGUGUUAUAAACACAUUUCAAUGGUGAUGCUGAACCAAUGUCCCGUGCAAUUCUCUUGCACUCUCUGAAAAAUAGGCUGCGAGUGGCAUGGCUGGUCAGAGUCCAUGCUGCUACAAUUCUGUCAGAAGAAGAAGUUGUCAGAAGAGCAUAUGAACGACAGAUGUUCUAUCCAUACUGUCAAGUCCUAUGAAGUGGCCUCUUGGAUUUUAUCAGAUGUUAAGUUGAAUUAAUCCUGCUGAUAACUGAUAUCACCAAUAAUUUCAUGAUUUGUCAUUUGGAUACAAACAUGCCAAGAUACAGUCAGGAUUUGCAGCAUGUUGCUGCCCCUGCCAUCUUCAUAUGUUUCUCAAAGUUAAAAGAAAAAAAAUGAAAAUGUAUGCUUGUAAAUCUAAACGUGGCCAAAUGUCAGUUGUGUGAGUGUGCGCGUGUGUGUCUUUAUCAAAUUCUUCCCAUGCAUACAAACUGAACAAUUGUGGCCCCUUUAUUUUAUUCAUUAAGGUUCAGUGUAUCUUUGCCAGCCUGCAACAAUCUGCAAGGGAUUUGCAGAAAAGCCUCAUGUUCAUCGAGCCGUAUGGGCAAGAAAACUGUUCCCAUUUAUACUUUUCUACAACGGGUUUAAUAUUCUGCAGCUGUGGGCUUGAAGAUGCAGAAGGGGGACGAGACACGGCAGAGGGUCAAAUACUCGGAUGAUCGAGUCUGCAAAAGUCAUCUACUUAACUGCUGUCCACACGACAUCUUGUCUGGAACUCGUAUGGACUUGGGGGAAUGCACUAAGACCCACGAUCUGGCGCUUCGAGCGGAUUACGAAAUCGCCUCAAAAGAGAGGGACCUCUUCUUUGAGCUUGAUGCGGUGGAUCAUCUUGAAUCUUUCAUAGCAGACUGUGACCGGAGAACUGAACUAGCAAAGAAACGUCUGGCUGAAACUCAAGAGGAGAUAAGUGCUGAAGUUUCAGCAAAGGCUGAAAAGGUGCACGAAUUGAAUGAGGAAAUCGGAAAGCUGUUAGCUAAGGCUGAGCAACUUGGAGCUGAGGGUAAUGUAGAUGAAGCUCAGAAGGUGCUGCAGGAGGUGGAGAAGGUCCGAACCAGGAAGAAGGAUGCUGAGGAAGAGUACAGAAACUCCAUGCCUGCCUCAAGUUUCCAGCAGCAGAAGCUGCGUGUGUGUGAGGUGUGCUCAGCUUAUCUUGGUCUCCAUGACAACGAUCGACGUUUGGCUGACCAUUUUGGAGGGAAACUUCAUUUAGGUUUCAUUCAAAUCAGAGAGAAGUUGGACCAACUGAAGAAAACUGUGGUCGACAAGCAAGAGAAGAGGAAUCAGGAGCGUUUAAAGAGAAGAGAAGAAAGAGAAAAAGAGGAACGAAUGAAGAAAAGGACAAGAUCAAGGAGCAGAGAGCACAGACGUUCUCGUUCUCGUGACCGAAGAAGGCGGCGCUCCCGAUCCUCAUCCCGUGAUAGACGACGUUCCCGCUCUCGGUCCCGGGACAGGAGGAGGAGACACCGCAGUCGAUCUGGAUCCCGCAGCAGGAGCCACCGUCACAGCCAUGAGAGCUCCAGACACAAGUCCUCGAGAGAUCGCGAUCAUCCAUCCAGAGACAAGUCUCGCGAGAGGGAUCGCGACCGGAGAGAUGGUGUGAACGGACGGUCUGACUCCCGGCGAGACGACAGAGACAUGGGGGACCACUGAACGUCAAACUCCUGCUAACCGCGUCUGUCUCACGUGUUGGGUUUUUUUUUAUAAAGCAUUCAACCUUUCUUCUCUUCUGGGAUUUUAUUUUGUUUUUCAUAGUUUUGGGUGGGUGGGGGUUCUUGAUGAGGCUUGUUGGGCCUCGCAUCAGCAACACCUGUCAUUCAAUAGGCCCAUCCCCUGUCUUUAUUGGUGUGUGGUAAUAAAAAUAUUCAAAAUUGAAAGAAGUGUAAAACCUCCCAACUUGAGUUUAAAUGUAUACAAUUCAUCCAUUAGUAACAUGAGCUGGUGUUUUUGUUUGUUGAACUUUUUGAUACUGAAUGUGUCUAAAUGGAUUUGGACCAGUUGAUUGUCCUAUUUUAUUUUUUUUUUAAUAUUAACCACCUCCUCUCCCCUGACUUCUGACUGUCGUUUUGUGUUCUGGUUCACACAACACUUGGCUUCAUCAUGACUGAUGCGUUCUGAUUGGUGAUGUUUUUAAUGUCUGCAUUGUUUUUUUUUUCCUUCAUUUUCAAGCUACUCAUAUUAAUUUUAAAGGAAAUAUUUUGUUAGUGGCAGCAUGUGCAGCAAACAGUUGAACUCCCAUCUAAUCUGAACAAACUGUAUGGAAAUGGAUUUUAAUUAAAUGUAGAAUUGAACAGC